AUGGCGAGCAGGCUCGGCGUUGGCGUCCUGAUCUUGGCUGCGCUGCUGGGCUCCGCGACGGCUCAAGCAGGCUAUGGCGAGUAUACAGCUGCAGCUCAGGGCAUGGCGCCGGAGGGCGCACCCACAUCAGAAACUCCAGUGCCACCGGCCCAAACCCCUCCUCCCCCUGCUCCAGGGCUCAGGUACGGCUUCUAUAGCCGAUCGUGCCCGCCGGCGGAGUACUUCAUCAGGGAAGUCGUCGCCAAGGCGAUCCGGAAGAACCCUGGCGUCGGCGCCGGCCUCAUCCGCAUGGCCUUCCACGACUGCUUCGUCCAGGGAUGCGACGCCUCCGUGCUGCUCGACGCGACGCCGGCGAACCCGCGCCCGGAGAAGCUCGGCCCGCCCAACUUCCCGAGCCUGCGGGGCUUCGAGGUCAUCGACGCCGCCAAGGCGUUGCUCGAGAACUUCUGCCCCGGCGUCGUCUCCUGCGCCGACGUCGUCCAGUUCGCCGCCCGCGACGCCGCCUUCUUCCUCAGCGGGUACAAGGUCAGCUACAGGCUCCCCGCGGGGCGCUUCGACGGCCGCGUGUCGCUCGAGAACGAGACGCUCGCCUUCCUGCCCCCGCCGUCCUUCAACCUCACGGAGCUCCUCGACAGCUUCAGGGCCAAGGGCCUCGACGUCGACGACCUCGUCGUGCUCUCCGGCGCCCAUACCAUCGGCCGCGCCCACUGCUCGUCCUUCUCCGACCGCAUCUCCACGCCGCCAUCCAACAUGGAUCCCGGCCUCGCCACCGUCCUCAGGGGACAGUGCCCGGCCAACCUCAACUUCACCAACGACCCCACGGUGGUGCAGGACAUCGUCACCCCCAACAGACUGGACAACCAGUACUACAAGAACGUGCUGAGGCGCAAGGUGCUCUUCAACUCCGACGCGGCCCUGCUGACGUCGAGGCAGACGGCGAGUAAGGUGGUCGAGAACGCCGUCAUCCGCGGGAGGUGGGAAAGGAAGUUCGCCAGGGCCAUGGUGAAGAUGUCGCUCAUUGAGAUCAAGAACGCCGGCAAUGGCGAGAUCAGAAAGAACUGCCGUGUCGUCAACUAG